AUGGAAUCGAUGCACGCAAUAUGGGCAAUAGUCGGUCGAGGCUUCGUGCACCAUCCUGAACUAGCUCCGUUCAUUUCUAAUGUCGCUGUCUUUCACCAACUCCACUGCUUGCAUGCCAUUGUGGUCUCCUAUCACAGCGCGAUCGAGGAAGCCAAUCUGACCAAGGGGGAAGGAGCCGCUGUUGCCGACGACGGUGAUCCCGAAGACCCACCCGACGACUACAUCCACCACACGGGCACCCGCAUGACCCUAUCCCAUAUCCAGCAUUGCUUCGACUACCUACGCCAGACGCUAAUGUGCGCGGCCGAUACUAACCUCGAGGUUCUGGAUCCGGUAACUCACGUCACAAGCGGCUGGGGCCAGCCGAAGCAGUGCCGGGACUAUCGAAGUGUGGUUGCCUGGGCAGAAAAGUGGGCCAACUCGUCUGAUACAGGAAUCCUGACCUGA